UUUGACAAACACUACCGGGAAUCUUACCCCAAACGUUGAAUGUGGUCGACAAUUGGAUAUGCCUUUUCGUAUGUCCAGCAACAGCUGCAGUUUUUCUAUUACGGUGACGACCGUCCGGUGGUCUUGGAAGAGGGUCGUAACAUAUGGCCCCCGCACCUCUAUCUUCACGAUAUCGCCCUAGCACUCAAUGACCGGCUUCCAGAUGAGGAGAAUCGAAGCCGGAAAGUUGCGUUUCUGGACUACGGUGCGUCUCAUGUCGUGGUUGUGGUUGAAACGGCACUCGGGAAAACCUACGUGGUGCGAAUCACCUCUGCCGUUUUUGACGAGUUCCAGCAAAGACACCGAUUUUGGCCGGAACAAAAAGAGAAAUCCGAGGUUGCAUCCAUGAUUGCGUUACUAAAAUGGACGGAUCUCCCCGUACCUCGCGUGUACGCAUUCGAUGACGGCAAGGACAAUCGCAUCGGGGCAGCAUGGACGCUGCAGGAAUAUGUCACGGGACGUCCUCUCAUUCAAAUUGCGUCACAACUGUCUCCAGAAGCGACCCGCGAUGCAUUUAAACAGAUCGCCAACUACAUGCUCCAGCUGUUUGAGGUACAGGUACCCCUAAUCGGCAGUCUAGAGAUCAACGGCAGUUUGAACGGCAUCCGAAAUCUUUCUGAGAGCGACCUGGAUAUCCGAGUGGGUAGGAUGGUGACGCUCAAGGGCCUACGGAACCCCCAUCUCAUCGAUCCACCUAAAGAUUUCGGCCCAUUCGACGACAUAAGGGAAUGGCUGAAGUCUGUAGCUCAGGGCAGCAUGAACUAUCCGCGAUUGGAGGAGGAACCUAUCGAUCAAACUUAUAUUGAUCGCGUCAAGCAAAUCAUCGACGAGAUACCGGAGAGCGUGCUCAACGGGCCGCUUGGUGUCAACGGGUUUUAUUGUCGCGACAUGUGGAGCCUGCACAACAUCCUCGCACUAGUGGAAGACGGCAAGGUCGUCAAGCUACAUUUUGUGGACUUUGAGGGUAUGCAGUGUCUGCCUGCGUUUGUCAGGGCUCAAGCACCCUUCAUACCCGAUAUCCCAGAUGACUGGCUGAAGGUCUUGCAUGAUUUCUUGCUGGAGCAUCCCGGCUUCAGGCACGCGCAUGAGGAAGGCCUGAAGUAUCGGCACCUGCUCAACUUGGCGGAGCGCGCAUGGCUUCCCGAUCCCGGAGACCAGAGGAUAAAGGACUUCCUCGAAGGCGCCUUUGGGGAUCAGGCACCGUUGUCAGGAUAAACAAGGCAUGGAUCGAUUGAGUUCACUGAUGAGUUGGCAGUCGAAUGUAUGAUAUCUGCAGUUGGACCUCACGCACGUCUAGAACUGUGCCACAUUGAUGCCCUCACAGAUACCUGCGUUGGUGACGGAUUCGUGUGGCUAGCCCAGAGAAUGCAGAAUCCGUUGACUAACCCCUCCGCACCACUGAAAAAGUGGGCCGUGCUCACUUUCAGGCCCCACAUGAGCACCAAGACUAAGCGCUCUAAGAUUCUUGUUCGUUUGUUCGGCUGAGAUGGUCUGUGCAAUCCUGGGCCCCAGUGGCAAGCGCUCUUUAUUUGGGACAGUCAUAAGAAGAAGAAGAUGAUGAUAAACCGAGUCGGAAAAGGGAUGACACGUCAAAGUACGAAUGGGGGGAUUGGUUCCAUGGGCCGUAUCCUAAUUGGGCUUGGCCUGCUGACGACUGGGCGCACAUAUAACCUGAUUGUCUCGGAAUCCUUGAUCCCCCAACCAUCCUCAUACCACCACCUAUCACCACCAACAAACGUCCCAAACGAC